UUGUGGACUCUUUGAUCUGAAUGUAUUGUAUUAUGAGAUUUCGCGAUGGCGAUGAUUAAUUUUUUAAAAUGGCUGCUUUGAUAUGAACGAAAAGACUAAACAAUAUAUUUUGCAAUCCUUCAUAGCUCCAAUAUUAUUUAGGUAGGUUGAUAUUAAAAUGGAUAUUAUUAAUGAUGAAGAUAGAAGAAAGAGACUACAUCUUCUCGAAGAUCUAAUUCAGGACUCACAAGGUAAAGGCAACAUCGACUCUUUACUUGAUACAGUACAAGCAAUUUGUACAGACUGUGAUAAUCCUGCCAUUAAAAAACUGAAGAAUGUGGAAGUUUACUUAAAUAGAUAUUGUAGCAAAGUUAUGUUUGUUAGUUAUGAUGCUAAACAUUUAUAUAUGGUUAUGGAUUACAUGCCUGGUGGUGAUAUUGUAAACCUCAUGUCAAAUUAUGACAUACCUGAAACGUGGGCCAAAUUUUACACAAUGGAAGUUGUUCUUGCCUUAGAUGUCAUCCACUCUAUGGGAUUCGUUCACAGGGAUGUCAAACCGGACAAUAUGUUAUUGGAUAAAUAUGGUCAUUUGAAGUUGGCCGAUUUUGGUACUUGUAUGCGAAUGGAUGAAGAUGGUCUCGUCAGAUCCAAUAAUGUUGUUGGUACACCUGAUUAUAUUUCUCCAGAAGUACUUCAAAGUCAUGAUCAAGGGAUUUAUGGCAGAGAGUGUGACUGGUGGUCUGUGGGCAUUUUUGUUUAUGAAAUGUUGGUAGGAGAAACUCCUUUUUAUGCCGACAGUUUAUUAGGGACUUACAACAAAAUAAUGUACCAUGAAAACAAUCUGUCAUUCCCUGAAGAAGUGGAAAUAUCCAAUGAAGCAAAAACGCUCAUACAGGGUCUAUUAUGUGAUAGAAAUAAGCGCUUAGGCAGAAAUAGUGUAGAUGAAAUAAAGUCGCACCCUUUUUUUAUAAACAAUGAACAGUGGACGUUUGAAAAUUUGCGUGACAUGGCACCUCCUGUAGUGCCGGAACUUACGAGCGAUGAUGACACAAGCAACUUUGACGAUUAUGAAAAAGAUGAAACUCCUGAGGAGACUUUUCCAGUGCCUAAUACUUUUGUUGGUAACCAUUUACCUUUUAUAGGAUUCACGUACAAUUCCGACUACCAAUUACUAUCUUCGGAUAGGGUGGAUGGCAAGCAGAAUAUGCAGGCCGACAGCAAAAACUCUAAUGCUCAAAUUGUAAAAUUAGAACUGCUAUUAGAGCAGGAAAAACUUAAUGUAGAAACACUAGAAGAAAAACAACGACAAUUACUGGUUCAGCUAGAAGCCAUUGCUCAACGAGAAAGUGAUGUCAGGGAAGAAGUUACAAGGUAUGAAAAGGAUUUGACGAUUCUCAGACACAAUUACAAGGAAGUUCAGAGGAAGGCUGAAUAUGAAAGCGAUUUGCGGAAAAAUACGGAAAAGUAUUUGGCUGAAUUAAAAAAGAGAUUUGAAGAGGAACAGACUAAAAGAACGAGGGAAAUGAAUAAUAAUCAACAGCACAAUGAUAAAAUCCAAUUACUAGAGAAGCAGGUGAAUGAGAUGCAAGAGAAACUAAAAGGUGAAACGGAAAAUUGUCAGAAGUUGAGAAAACAAGCCAAUGAACUGACAAUAGCAAAAUCAAAUUCGGAGCAUAGAGUGACUGAAUACCAGUCAUUGCUGCAGUCCCUACAAAGUCAACGAGAUGCUCUCCAGUCAGAAGUAACCACCUUGCAGGAUCAGUUGGCCCAAGAGAAGAAAGCAAGAUCCCAGGUUAGUGACCAGCAACUGGUGCUGGAAAAUAAGCUGCAAAGUCUCAAUGCUGAAAUGGAACGGUUGAGCCAGAAAGAGAUGCAGACAGCUGCUGACAACACCCAACUGACGGAAAAGGUAUCUUAUCUAGAGAAGGAAUGUGCAGGUCUGGAUUUGGAACUGAAGGCAGUUAAAAAUAGAUAUCAUCAAGAAGUGAAAGCCCAUGAAGAAACUGAAAAGAGCAGAGUGUUGAACAAGGAAGAGGCUAAUCUGGAAGUGGUGAAAGCACUACAGUCAAAACUGAACGAAGAAAAGAGUGCCAGACAAAAGGCUGAUCUGAACUUUCAAGAAAAGGAAAGGCAAAUUUCGAUGUUGUCUGUGGAUUAUCGGCAGAUACAGCAGAGAUUACAGAAGUUGGAGGGUGAACAUCGACAGGAAACGGAAAAAGUAAAGGCGUUGCACAGUCAGAUUGAACAGGAGCAGCAGAAAAAAACCAUACUGCAGUCUGAAAUGGUGCAACAAACGGCAGAAUUAACUAAGCUGAGGGCAAAGGAAUCUCAACUGCUGCAGGAGUUGAAUCAUCUGCAGGAUAUUAAAAGAACCAUCGAAGAGGAGCUGGCAAGAUUGAAAUCCAACUACCAGCGUGAUCAGCUUCAGAUGAAGGAACUUCAGGAGAACCUGGAGACUGAACAAUAUUUCACCACAUUAUAUAAGACACAGACAAAUGAACUGAAAGAGGAGAUUGAUGAGAAAAAUAGAUUGAACAAGGAAUUCGAGGAGGAGAGGGUAUCAUUGAAGCACCAGUGCCAGUUGGCAUUGGCUAGAGCUGAUUCUGAAGCCUUGGCCAGAUCCAUAGCAGAAGAGACAGUGGCUGAUCUUGAGAAAGAGAAGACCAUGAAGGAACUGGAGUUGAAGGAUCUUCUAUCAAAGCAUCGCAACGAGAUGACCGCCAAAGAUUUAUCUGUGAACACACUCAAAGAUAGAGAGUCUGAGUUGAAGAGGCUCAACGAUCAACUGCAAAAAGAAAGAGAUGAAAUGAGCAGACAGUUGAAACAGUUGCAAGAAGAACUGAACAAAAAGUACAGCAAUAAUGAAGAAGUUGAAAAACUGAUUGCCAAACUGAAUACAGAGAGUCUUCUCAAACAACAGGCAGUAAAUAAACUACAUGAAAUUAUGAACAGAAAGGAUCUCAGAGAGACGGGCAAAGGCAAAUCAAAGGUGUCCAACGCUGAUUUAAGAAGAAAGGAGAAGGAUUUGAAAAAAUUACAGCAGGAGUUGAGUCUCGAGAAGGAGAAGUACAAUCAGAUGAUUGCUAAUUAUCAGAAGAAUAUUCAAGAUUUGAGUUUUCAGCUGAGUGAAGAAAUUGCAUCGAAACAACGCCUUCAGAUGGAACUCGAUAGCAAAGAUGCUGACCUGGAGCAAUUGCAGCUGAAGCUUUCAUCAAUGAAUAGUGAAACAGCCUCACUGAGUUCGGCGGACAAUGAAGGUGAUGAAAUUGACAAUAAUGCUGUGUUUGAGGGGUGGCUUUCAAUACCAUCCAAACAAAAUAUUAGACGACAUGGGUGGAAAAAGCAGUAUGUCGUGGUUAGCAGUAGGAAGAUAAUAUUUUAUAAUUCUGACAACGAUAAACAGAAUUCGGAUCCUGUGAUUGUAUUAGAUCUUAGUAAGGUGUUCCAUGUAAGGUCGGUCACACAGGGCGACGUUAUCAGGGCUGAUUCCAAAGACAUCCCUCGUAUAUUUCAGCUUUUGUAUGCUGGUGAAGGUGAGGCGAGAAAGACGGACGGUGAACAGGCCAAUCCGCUGGAUGUAAGCACAACCAUGAGAAAUUUCGAAGAAAAACCAGGUUUGAUAUUGCAUAAGGGUCACGAAUUCCUUAAUAUCUCUUAUCAUAUGCCGACUACUUGUGAGGUGUGCCCUAAACCGCUUUGGAAUAUGUUCAGGCCUCCAUCCGCGUUGGAGUGUAGAAGGUGUAGGAUAAAAGUUCACAAAGACCAUUUGGAAAAGAAGGAGGACACCGUGCCGCCAUGUAAAUUACACUACGACCCUUUAUAUGCCAAAGAAUUGCUGUUGCUGGCUUCGUCACAUGAUGACCAAAAACAGUGGGUGUCGAGAUUGAGCAGAAAAAUUCAGAAGUGCGGGUUCAAAGCCAACAAUUCUAAUGCCAUAGAUUCGGCCAAGGUAUCACCUAGGGAAUCGACUCGUUCUAAUCUGAAGCCAUAUUUGAAUGCCCAACAGCGGUCUGCCACUCUACCAGCUAAUUCCUCUAUGAGCAGCAAAUGACAUCGUCGUAAAGUAACUUUAGCAUUUCUUCGCUAAAUUCAUUGCAAACGCUUCAUCUCAUCACUAAUUUAUUUGAUACAAUCUGUGAUACCUUCUCUCGUUGCAAGUUUGUAUCAAAAUGAUAUUGUUAGAUGUUUAUAUAGUCUAUUUUCAAUAAGGCACUCGGAUCUUAAUCCAUGAUUUGGAGAUGUAUCGAUUUUAGAAGGAUUCUAAAUCUGACCUACAACCACAGCUGAGCUAAACAUAAAUAUCGAAAUGGGACUAUAGAACGUCUUUGAAUUAGUUACUUUAUUUGUUAUAUUGUUAUUCUUUGUCUACUUGAGAAAUGAGAUAAAGGUUGAACUCAACAUUUCAACUUUAACAAUAUUAUUUCUAAUAAUAUUGUUACAAGAGGUGGGAUUCAAGCUUUCUGUAAUAUCACUACAGAAUAUUUCAUUAAAAAUAUCAAGCAAGUGUGAUAAAUGUCAGUUGGUUAAUUCUAAUAUUACUUAUUGAAAUUGAAACUACCAAACUAUUAUUUGAGCAUUUAGAAUCACUUUUACUUAUAUAUUUUAAAAAUGUUCUCCAAAAUGACCAAAAACUGCUCACAAUUUGGAGUAUGCUCAAUGCUGUGGUCGUAAUGCUCUUUUAAUCUCUAUAUAAGUUGAAUCAAUAUUAAUAUGUGAUUCACAUUUAACAGUCAGUAUAUCAUUCCACGUUAUGUCCAGUGGAUAAUGUGAGACGUUUUUAAACAAUAUAUUAUUUGUGAAAAGUGGCAGCAUUCAAAAUUACUUUAGGUUACACACAUACCUAAAAACUCGUUUAUUUUAAAAGAACUAAGUUAUAUCCCUGUAAUAAAUGGGAAAUAAAAACAGGAAUUAAAACAUUAGUUUUCAUUCUCAUAUUCUAAAUUACAUUGUUGUUCAGAAUAAUUCCUUUAGUCUUUUCAAUAGAGUAUAAUUGGUCAUAAAAUUUUACAAGAAUUUGAGUAAUUUGUAGUUCAGAAAUAUCCAAACUGUACAGAUGAGGAUUUAGAAAACUAGUGUCCAACUUGUAUUUGUUAGAAAUUUCUAUUAUUAUUUUUUUCCCUUCUUGGCAAGUUCUACAGUUUUAGUAUAUCAAUUGAGGAAGUAAAAAGCCAGAAUUUUUUUUUACAAAAGAGGUCCCAAUUUGAUUGGACAGGACAAAUCCAAGAUUUCCGAUUACACAGAUUCUGACUAAACUCAUUUGUCACCUCCUACCAAUUUUUAUAAUUACUGUAUCAUUGCCUAUUCACAGAACUCCUCAUUUAUGGAUAUUCUCAUUUCACAUUAACAAUAUUCUCAAAGAAAGUAACUAAACAUUAAGUUAUAUAUUUGUGAUCAUAACUAAUGAAACACUUUCAGAAAUUACAAUUCCUUCACUUGUAAACUACUUUCUUUCAUAUUUCUGUGUUCAAAUAUUGUUUCAUACAGUGUUUAUGCGACUGGCCCUGCAUUAAAUUUAUUGAAACAUU